AUGUUUUCUUUUUUGUUAUCAUUUUCUCAGGGCCUGAGUGGUUUGGAUGGGUUACUUGGGGUUGAGGGUAAUGAAGGAGAUCCGGGUGAUGAUGGUUUCAUAGGAGCUCCUGGGACACCUGGCCGGCCUGGUAAGACGGGUAAACCCGGGCCUCCUGGGAUCAGGGGAAACACCGGAGCAGGAGGGUUUAAGGGUAAAACUGGACCAAAAGGAGCGCAUGGACCUCCUGGACCAAUUGGGCCGAAGGGUAUUCCAGGACUGAGAGGAGAGAAGGGUGAAUCUGGACGUCCUGGUACAAAGGGUCUCCCAGGUGACACAGGGAUCCUGGGACCAAUUGGGCCACCAGGGCUAAAGGGGAAUCCUGGUUUGCAGGGACUGAAGGGUCAAAUAGGUCGUAAAGGAAAGCAGGGGGACACUGGUCCUCGUGGUCCACCCGGGCGAAAAGGCCCCCGUGGACUCCCGGGCAAGCAUGGAAAAAAGGGAGCAAAAGGUUUCCAUGGAAGGAGAGGACAAAAGGGAGUGAAAGGAAAGCGUGGACCUCCAGUAAGACAUUUUGGUUCCACUUAA